AUGACUUCCUUGGAUGUGAAGGACUUGGAGAAGCCGACGGGCGAGUACCGUCAGUACCUGCCCGACCUGAGCCUGCCGCGCUUCCAGGUGAUGAAGGAUCAGGACGCCCACGAGUAUGCCCACGAGUUCAAGACGGGCAAGCAGCCGCCGUGGCUGCACGGUCUGUACAUGCACUGGGUGGACCUGCUGCAGGAGCCGUUCAAGGGUGUGACAACUGAUGGCAAGGUUCGCCCCGGUCUGUUCACGUUACAAGAUGAAGACGUUCCGAUUGAGGCCAUCGUCGGUUCGGUGGAGGCGUUGUUCUCGGUGGUGGACGACAAGCAGCGACAGGCGCUGUGCUUUCACAUCGACUCGCCCGAAUGGCGCACAUGGUCGAACCCGGAGUUCCUGCUGAGCCACAAGGGGCUGCGGCUGGAUGAGGUGGAGGUCAACGUGCGCGAGGCCAUUCUGAAGGUGCUGCAGGCGACCCUGUCGCCCGAGGGAUACGAGAAGGCGAUUGCUGCGAUGCGUAUCAACCACUUCCUCGGAGAGCUGGUCGAGUCGCCCAAGGUGAUGAACGAGUACUCGUACAACUUCGCCCUGUUCGGCCGGCCCUCGACCACCCGCCCCUGGGGCUGGUCCUUCUACGGCCACCACCUGUGCCUCAACGUCUUCUUCUACAAGCAGCAGAUCGUCGUCUCGCCCUGGUUCACCGGUGCCGAGCCCAACGAGAUUGACUCGGGCCCGUACGCCGGCACGCGCAUCAUGCAGAUCGAGGAGCAGCUCGGCCUGCGUCUGAUGCAGUCGCUUACCCCCGAGCUGCAGACCAAGGCCCGCGUCUACGCCGACAUGCACGACGAGGCCAUGCCCCCCGGCCGCUGGAACAAGGACGACCAGCGUCACGUCUGCGGCGCCUACCGCGACAACCGCGAGGUCCCCUACGAAGGUAUCGUCAUUGGUGACCUCUCCCCGGCCCAGAAGGAGUACGUCUACGGCAUCUUCGAGCAGUACCUGCUCUACCUGCCCGCCAAGGCCCGCGCCUUGAAGAUCGAGCACCUGCGCCAGUUCGAGGCCGAGACCUACUUCUGCUGGAUCGGUGGCUUCGCCGACCACGACCCCUUCUACUACCGCCUGCAGAGCCCCGUCAUCCUCGUCGAGUUCGACCACCACUCCGGCGUCUUCCUCAACAACGAGGAACCCAAGAAGUUCCACAUCCACACCCUUCUGCGUACCCCGAACGCUGGUGACUACGGCCAGGCUCUGCGUCCCUUGAUCCCGGGCAUCGAGGGCAUCAACGGCAAGGAGAUCAAGUGGUGA